ACAUGAACAAUCUGUCGACAUUAUGUAAUGGAAACACAGCGUCAGCCUGAUAAGAGGCGAGAUAAACUCAAUUUAUUGGUGUGUUGAAAGGAGGAAACGGGGAAACUUCUCAUAACAAGGAGAGAAGGAGGGAGCCACAUUUCAGCAGCUCAAAGUUUCUCAGCAGGCAGAAAGAAUAGCUUCUCCCUGGUAGAUUCUUCCUUCCUGCCUAACCAUGGUUUCUUUAAUUCACAAACUUCGCCAUCAUACAGAUGAGGUGAGCUGCUGCGCCUUCUCUCAGUCUCUCCUGGUCACCGGCUCAGUAGAUAAAACUCUCCGGGUUUAUAACACGGCGGACUUCUCGGAGCUUCCCUUCUCUCCUCUGACGGGUCACGGCUACGGGGUUCACUGCUGCUGCUUCAGCUCCUGCGGAAACUACCUGCUCAGCUGCUCCACAGACGGCUUCAUCAUGGUGUGGAGCUCAGAGACAGGUGAGCGGCUGUCACAGCUGGAGCAUCCGGGCCGGAGUCCGAUCCGAGUCUGCGCGCUGUCGCCGGACUCCUGCCUCCUGCUGGCGGGGGCCAGUGAUGGCACCGUGGCACUGUGGGACUUCUCUUCUAAGACGCUACGAAGGUGUGCAGCAGUAAGUGAAGGCAGCAUUUUGGCGUGCAGCUUCUCUCCCUGCAGUCAGGUGUUUGUGACCGGCUGCACCAACGGAGACCUGAAACUAUGGGAUGAUCACAUCAGCCUCCUCCUUGCUAAGAAAGACGUUCAUGAUUUGGGAGUCACCUGUUGCAGCUUCGCACCUUUGUUCAAAGUCGAGGGCUGCUGUGUGGAGUUUCGAUUGGCCUCCUGUGGUCAAGACAGCCUGCUGAAAAUAUGGAGAGUUUCUCAGUCUGAAGGAGCAGCUUGGAUCAUGAAGCUUCUUUACAAUCUCACUGGUCAAACGGCUCCAGUUCUGUCCUGUGCUUUCUCUGCGGAUGGAGAGAUGGUUGUCUCUGGAUCGGUGGAUAAAAGUGUAACGGUAUAUGAUGCGAACCUGGGUACCCUGCUCCACACCUUGAAGGAACAUGACAGAUAUGUGACAGCAGUUGCUGUGUCUCCUGCCCUUGGCCUGAUGGCGACUGGCUCAUUGGACAGAUCAGUUCAUGUGUGGAAAAUCGGCGAUGGAUGCAAAGACACUGCUGAGUCACAGGCCUGUCAAGGAAGGAAACUGCUAGGUCACUCCAGGUUGCUGUUACCCGAUUGGACUGAGAAGGAUGUUCAGAACUGGCUGUGUGAAGAAGGUCUGAAUGAGCUCGUUGAGAUCUUCAAAGCCAACAACAUAGACGGAUCUGAGAUGAAUCACAUGAGCAAGGAGACUGUGGCCGAGCUGGGAAUAGAGUCCAUAGGUCUUCGUGGACGUCUACUAAGGAAAAUUGAGGCCCUCAAGUUGGAGCAGAGUGGUUCAGAAGCUCCAGAUGAGUUUCUGUGCCCAAUCUCCAGGGAGCUGAUGAAGGAUCCAGUAAUAGCUGCAGAUGGGUACUCCUACGAGAGGGAAUCCAUCGAGAGCUGGAUCCGAGGCAAGAACAAAACAAGCCCAAUGACUAACCUGCCGCUGAAGACCACCCUGCUCACCCCAAACAGGUCCCUGAAGAUGGCAAUAACCCGGUGGAAGUCCAGUCAGUAAACAGUUUGUUUAGAAUUGCUGUCAUUAGAAAACAGAUUAUAAAUGCUUCGACUGUUGAAUCUCACUUUAAAAAAUGAUAUUUAUUCAACUGCAACUCAAAGACUUGUGCUGUAGAUUUGUCAAUGUUUCAAUGAAACAAAGUAUGGAACAAUUUGAUUCUGUGUUUUGUUGAGAGAUACUGUAUGUUCAAUUAAAAACUAUGAUGAUUAAGUUUCACAGACGUGCUUG